AUGAAAAUACUUAAAAUUAAUAUUUUUAAUCCUAAUUAUCUCAUAUUUAGAAAUAAUUACUUACCAGUAUUAAAUAAAUUUUAUAUCAGAAGCAAUUUUACUACAGACAAUCGAAAAAAUGAAGAAAUUGAAAGAAAUGAAUCAAAUAAAGAGAUAAAACAUGAAAGUGUUAAAAAAAAAAAACCAAAUGGCUUACAAAUUGAUUGUGAAUUAAAAAGCCCCUUAAAAGAAUUUUUAAAUGUGAACACUGCAUCUAGGAUAUUCGUUUUGAAACACGCAUGGAAAUAUAUUAAGGAUAAUAAUUUACAAAAUCCAAAUAUGAAAAGAAAAAUUAUACCAGAUGAAAAAUUAAAACAAAUACUAGAUAAAGAUGAAGUUGAUAUUCUUGAAAUUCCAAAACUUCUGUUUAGGCAUAUGUCAUCCAUCCCAAAAUAG